CUCCAUAUAACGAUCCCUAGUCGUACUCUAUACGCAUUCAUCAGUGAGCCAUACGCAUAAUAGACGUGAGAGAGGUCUUGAUCAGGUAGCCUAGCUAGGGUUUUUGUAGAUUAUACGCGUCCUUGAAGCAGAAGAUACCAAACACGACACUAGAAUCAGUCGGAGAAGCGUGAGCGAACCUGUCUUGGUGGUAGUCGUGGUUUGAUUGAAAGCUCAGUGGAGAAACUUUUUUAUGGGUUUACUGAAUAAAUUAGUGAAGAAAUUGGAGAGUUUACGAUGCUAAGGAAGAAUAAGAGGGAGCUUAACCCUAUCUUCAACUUCAUUUGUUAAUUUUGAUGGCCAAUUCUCAACAUCGCUGCGUUUUUGUUGGAAACAUACCAUACGAUGCAACUGAAGAACAGCUUAGAGAAAUUUGUGAGGAGGUUGGCCCUGUUGUAUCAUUCAGAUUAGUUGUGGAUAGAGAAACUGGUAAACCCAAAGGUUAUGGGUUCUGUGAAUACCAAGAUGAAGAGACAGCUCUAAGUGCUAGACGUAAUCUUCAUGGUUAUGAUAUCAAUGGCAGACAAUUAAGAGUUGAUUUUGCUGAAAAUGACAAAAAUAACGAAAGAAGCAAAGAACAGGGUCGUGGUGGACCUGGAAUGGCUACAAAUACAGCUCCUCAAAAACAAAUUGGGGGUCCAGCUGGACAUGGAGAUCCUAGUGUUCACCAGAGUUUUGGUCUCCAAGAUGCAAUGGCUGCUGCAAUUGUGAUGGCGGGAGCUCUUGGAGGUGGUCAAAAUGGCAUCCGGAGUCAACCCAUACCAGGAACAGACCCUUUGACUCUUCAUCUGGCUAAAAUGUCCAACACCCAGUUGACUGAGGUUUUGACUGAAGUCAAGGCAUUGGCUACUCAAAACAAGGAGCAAGCACGCCAACUGUUUCUUGCAAAUCCACAAUUGUCAAAAGCGGUUUUGCAGGCUCAUAUAAUGCUGAAGACAGUUCCUCCCCAAUUGUUACAGAUGGCGGGGAUUAGUCGGCAAGUUCCUGGUCCAGUGGCUCAACAAUCUGGAUCACAGCUUCUUUCUGGGCUGCUGCUGCUGCCGCCUCUUGCUCAAAACAAGAUGCCACUUGGGUUCAUCAUGCCUCAAGCUCAAAGUCAAUCAUCACAUUCAUCUGUUCCCCUACAGCCCCCUCCCCGGUUUCAGACCCCACCACCACAUCCGACAUUAUUGGGAGGAGUACAAUCAGUGUCUGGAACACUUCAGUCGUUGCAUCCACAACAACCUUCUAUUUCUAUACCCACUCCCCCUCAUUCAUUAUUACAAGAUAAUGUCUUUAAGCCCAGCUCCUCAAUCGGACCUUCUAUUCUUAAUAAUGGAGACAAGGAUCAUCAUCAUCAUCAUGUAUUGCCUUUGCAUCAUAACAUCCCAACUGGUGGUUGGGGGCAUAAUAAUCAUCCAAUUCCAAACAAUAACACUGCUUCAAAGUUACAAGAAAAUGGACAUGGACAUGGACGCGACAACAGCAACAGCGAUCAAAUUAAUCAUCAUCCAACAAAAUUAUUGAAAAUGGAGGAUGGAAAAGCUGCCCCUUUCUCACCUACACCUACUCCACAUAUAAAUCAAAACCACUUCUCAAAAGCAGGGCCCAUAGACUCCCAGAAGCAGAAACUUGAGGUUCUUCCCUCUGGCUCGGAAUCGGAAUUAUUGGAACAAGUGAUGAAUCUGACAGCAGAGCAGUUAAGCUCUUUGCCUCCAGAACAACAGCAGCAAGUCAUUCAGCUUCAGCAGAUGCUUAUUAGACAAAAGUCCACUUAUUAAUCAAACCCAAACCCAUUUCACAACAACAUUCAUUUGCAUUGCUCUUGUCUUUCCAAAUCUGCAAUACACAGAUCACAGAUGUAGACCACACCAGCGGCUGCAAAAGUUUAUAAACAGAUUGCAAAUCAUUAUCUGUUGGUUGCUGUUUUAUUUUUGUAAAAAUUUUGUAGGCUGGAUUAUAAAUCAUAUAUCUCUAAUUCUCUCGAUUGUAUUGUUAAAGUAUUUCACAGACUUGUUUUCGUUUACAUAUUUCUUUUUUUAUUGCAAACUAAUAUAAAUUCCUAUCUUUUGACAACAUGAUUGCGCGUUUAUUA